UUAACGCUUAAUAUUUCAGCUCCCAAUUCCGUAUUCAACAUUCGCUACUGGAACUGGUACAAUCUGAACAUCACAGGAGAUGGGGAAAUCGUGCGCGUUAUUUACCCAAAGAUGUCGGCCUCUAGUGGAUUACGACUUUACAUGAACGGUGUGGCUAUGACGUCUACAAAUGGUGGCACUUGCGCGAAGUGGAAAUUUCUGUACAAUGGUGGAGCUUGCCCAGAAGCGAACCACGAUAUCAAUGGUCUAUACUUACAGGCUCACACCUAUCAACACAUGAUGCCUAUUUCAGUGAGCGGUAUCUGUAGAGGUCUGGGUGCGGGCAACCUAGCCAUUACUUUAGAUUGCGAGAGCUGUGCCAAUAGACAAAUCAUAAAUCCCGUGACUGGGUGGGAGACGACUCUCUCCGUGACCGCGGAGGAGGUGGAGCUGGCUUAGGCUCACUUUGGACACAUAUUUCGCGCUCAAGUCUUUCCGUACUUUUAAUUUCAACGUAACUUAAAUCAAAUAGUUUUAAUCAUUUUUUCCUUGUCUUAUACUUGCGUGUAAAAUUAUAAUAUUAACUGAGUUUUAGU